AUGACCACGAAACCAGGCAGUUCAGCCCACAACAGGCAAGCCAAGAGACUUGGAGUAUCUUGGGAAGAUCUCACAGUCAAGGUCAGGGGAGCCACCAAGCAACAUGUCAGGACGUUUCCAGACGCCGUUGUUGGCAGCUUCGGCCCUGACCUGUACCGCCUCGUACGCAGCUGGUUCCCAUCAACUGCCGGUGCCGACACCAGAACGAUUCUCCAUGGCUUUUCCGGCAGUAUUCGCAGCGGCGAGAUGCUCCUCGUGCUUGGUCGCCCUGGCUCGGGGUGCACAACUUUUCUGAGAGCCAUUGCAAACCACCGCCACCACUUUCUGGAAGUCUCGGGCGACGUCAGCUACGGCUGCAUCUCGGCCCGUGAACAAGCAGAGCAUUACCGCGGCGAGAUCACCUACUGCCCCGAGGAUGACGUUCAUUUUCCUCGGCUGCGCGUCUGGGACACUCUCCUCUUUGCUUUGCAGUGCAAGGCUGGAAAGCAGAAUGCCAGCACAAUAUCCGAGACGGCUCACGGCCUUCUCGAGGCAUUGAGGCUAGAAGGAGUCAGAGAAACUCGCGUCGGCGAUGCCUUCAUCAGGGGUAUAUCCAUAGCCGAGAUUCUUGCGGCUGAUUCUGCGCUAACUUGCUGGGAUAACAGCACUCGUGGCCUGGACAGCGCAACCGCCCUAGAGUACGCCAAAACCCUGCGCAACGUCACCGAUUCGGGGAACAGGAGCACUGCUGUGACGCUCUACCAGGCGGGAGAGGGCAUUUACGCCCUCAUGGACAAAGUCUUGCUCAUUGAUGACGGUCGAUGCGUCUUCUUUGGCCCGGCGGCAGAGGCCAAACAAUAUUUCAUUGACCUCGGCUUCGAGUGCCCACCGCGCAUGACCACGGCCGACUUUCUAGUCUCGGUGACGGAUCCCAUAGCACGCCGGAUCCGCGCCGGAUACGAGGACCGUGUGCCACGCACUGCCGAGAGCCUUGAGGCCGCGUACAACCGCUCGUCGCAUCAUCGGGCCAUGAUGCAGGACACGCAGGCCUACCGAGCGGAGCUCCAGGACAGCCAGUGUGCCGAGACAGAGGACUUCAAGCGGCUCGUUGCCGAAUCCAGGGGCAGUCGCAUCCGGAAGGGCUCCGUCUACAAUGCCAGUUUCCCGAAGCAGGUGUUCGCCUGUGCCCGGCGUGAGGUGUGGCUGCUCGUCAACGAGCCGAUGAUCUCUGCAACGAAGUGCUGGAACAUCCUGGUCAACGCUCUGGUUGUCGGCUCGCUUUUCUACGGCCAGGGCCUGGACACGUCGGGAGCCUUCAGCCGCGGCGGCAGCCUUUUCUUCUCUGCGCUGUUCAUCUGUUGGGUCCAGCUGCCUGAGCUCAAUAUCGUACUUGCCGGCCGACCCGUCGUCCAGCGACAACACGGCUACGCCUUCUACAGGCCUGCGGCCCUGGCACUAGCCAAGGCGCUGGUCGACGGUCUGGUUCUGGCUGUUGCAUCGAUCCUGCUUUCCAUCAUCUUCUACUUCAUGGCCAAUCUCGACACUGAGCCUGGCAAGUUCUUCGUAUACCUGCUAUUCGUAUUCAUGGUCUCGUACAGCAUGACGGAGCUUUACAGGAUGUUCGGCUCGGUGUCUUCUACCCUGGACACGGCCAUUCGCUUCAGCAGCACCGCCCAGAACCUGCUUAUCAUCUUCUCCGGUUACAUCGUGCCCAGAGCGGAUAUGAGCAGCUCCGCGCCGUGGUUUGCCUGGUUAUAUUGGAUCAACCCUGUUGCCUACGGGUUCGAGGCUGUGUUUGCGAAUGACUUCAGAGGCAGGACCAUGACUUGUUCAGGCGACCUUAUCGUGCCUCGCGGAUCCAACGCGGUUUCCGGCUUCCAAAGCUGUGCCAUUGAAGGCUCUGAAUCCAACAGCCUGCUGGUCAGCGGCGAACAGUAUCUGGACACGGCAUACCAGUAUCGCCCUCGAAACAUCUGGCGCAACUUUGGAGUGCUGAUUGCGCUGACGAUCCUUUACGUCCUUCUCACUGCGCUCUUCUCCGAGCUCAUCGAGUUCCCCGAUGCCCGGGCUGGCGGGCUCAUGUUCAAGAGAAAGGCCCGCAGCUUGUUGAAAGUGCGUCCGCACGACGAGGAGGCCGCACCCGCUGCGAAAAAGGAUGCAGGGAUCCACACGCGCGUGUCCGACAGCGCCGACGUCUUCAUGUGGAAAAACCUGAACAUCACCGUUCCCUACGGUUCUGGGGGCGAGAAGCACCUUCUGAGGGACGUCUGCGGCUAUGCCAAGCCAGGCAGUUUGGUGGCUCUAAUGGGCGCCUCUGGAGCGGGGAAGACGACGCUGCUCAGCCUCCUCGCGCAGCGUGACACGCCAGGCACCACGUCGGGCGAGAUUCUGGCCAGCGGCAAGCCCGUCGAUGCCUCUUUCCGCAGGGACACGGCCUUCUGCGAGCAGUUCGACAUGCACGAUGGGAGCGCAACGGUUCGCGAAGCCCUCGAGUUUUCCGCUCUCCUCCGCCAGAACGGCGGCACGCGGCGCGAGAAGUUGGAGUACGUCGACACCGUCAUCGACAUCCUGAAUCUGGCCGACGUGCAGGAUGCCGUCAUCUCGAGCCUCGGGCUGGAGUUGAUGAAGAGGACCACGAUCGCGGUUGAACUCGUGGCCAAGCCGUCGAAGGUGCUGUUUCUCGAUGAGCCGACGACCGGAUUGGACAGCCAGUCGGCCCUAUCCAUCGUGUAUUUCCUCAAGAAGCUAGCUCGCGCGGGGCAGGCAAUCGUCUGUACCGUGCACCAGCCGAGCUCCGAGCUUUUUGAACUGUUUGACACCAUCCUCGGCCUCGGCCCCGGGGGCAGGACCUUUUACUUUGGCGAGAUUGGUCCGCAGGGCCAGGCCGUGCUGGACUACUUCUCCGCCCGCGGCGUCCACGUGCCAGAGGAGACGAAUAUCGCCGAGUUCAUCCUCGAGGCAUCCAUAAAGUCGGGACAGACCGGGACCAUCGACUGGGCUGCGGAGUGGGAGCAUUCCGAGGAGCGUGCGGCUCUCAUGGCACAGCUGGACGGUUUCAACAGCGUGCAGAAGACCGAAGGGCCUGAGCUGUCUUCUCGUCCGCGCCGCAGCGAGUACAACGCGCCCGUCAGCCUCCAGACGUGGCUCCUCACCAAGCGCGCCCUCGUGCAAUACUGGCGGGACCCGCCGUACGUCUACGCCAAGAUCUUCGUCGCCGUCGUCAUCGGCAUCGCCAACGGCUUCAUCUUCUGGCGGGCGGGCGAAGGCAGCUCGCCGACCGACCUGCAAAACGUCAUGUUUUCCUGCUUCGUGCUGGUCAUCAUCCCGGCCGCCAUCGUCAACGGCAUCCUUCCCAAGUUCCACUCCAACAUGGCCCUCUGGGAAGCCCGCGAGCUGCCGUCGCGCGUCUACGGCUGCUUCGCCUUCUGCACCGCCCAGAUACUCGCCGAGAUCCCCUACGCCGCCCUCACUGCCGUCGUCUACUUCCUGCUCUGGUACUACCCCGUCGGGCUGCCUGCCGAUUCGAGCACCGCCGGCUACGUCUUCUUCAUGACGCUGCUCUACAUCUUCCACAUCACCACCAUGGGCCAGUGGUUCUGCGCCUGGGCCCCCAACUUCACCGUCAUCAGCUACACGCUCCCCACCGUGCUCGGCGUCUUCUCACUCUUCAACGGCAUCAUCAUCCCCUACGAGGGCAUGUCGGUCGUCUGGCGCUACACGAUAUACUGGAUCAACCCGACGACGUACUGGAUGGGCGGCGUGCUGGGCGCCACGCUGCGCGACAAGCCGGUGCGCUGCUCGCUCGCCGACGCGACGCGUUUCGCGCUCCCUGCGAACGCUUCUACGUGCGCCGACUACGCGGGCGAGUUCGUUGCCCGCGCUGGCGGCUACUUGCUCUCCGCCGACGACGACGACGGCGUGCCGGAUGGCGAGUGCGCGUACUGCAAGUUCCGCGUCGGAGACGACUACCUGCGUACGCUGCACGUUGACGCGGCUGACAGGUGGCGGAACUGCGGUAUCUUUGCUGCUUUCUGCGUGGCGAAUGUGUUGUUGCUGUUUUUCUUUGUUUACACGACUCGGGUUCGUAAAUUGUCGCUGGGAUUCGGCAGCAUUGGGAAGGUGAUUGGAAUGGUCUCUAAGAAGGUUGGAGGAUCUUAA